CCCCUGUCGGCUCGUCGCAAUGGAUCCAGACUGAGCGCGAUCAGGCUGCCGAGUUUGUCGAUAUGGAGGUCGAGGAGUUCGGCUACGCUGCCCAGAAUGAGAUGGAAUGGCUGAACGAGCACAUGGCCGAGAUUUUCAGCAGCAACCCUACUCCUGGAAAGUUGCGAGGCAAGACUCCUCGCACAGUGCGUAAAACCGCUGCUCGCGCUCCUCUGACGGAUCUUUUUGCACCCAAUCCUCAAUCAACCUUUAGUCCAGCACCCAAGAACGAAUUUUACGCGAAGGUUGCUCAGUUCCAGAUUGCUCAGGAUGGUGAACAAGAGCGCCCUCGCUCGGGUACUUCUAGAAGGAGUCCUUUGCGUGUAGGCAAAGAGAACACGGAUUCUGGAUACCACGGUUUGACUGAGGAUGAGAUGGACGUUGAUUCCCAACAAUCCAUGCUCAAGAACAGCCACGCACAAGCUCCCGAUCUCGAACCUUUGCAAGAGCACGUCACAAACGACCCUGUUGUUAACGACACAGCAUCUUUUGUUUCGGCAAACGAAGACGCCGAGAACGUCAACGAGGACCCUGCAGACGACGAUGACCAGGCCACCGUGCUCGACCCCGAGUCCAGCAGUCGACCUGUUACACAAGAUUCGAACGCGCCAUUUGCUGAUGACAACUGGCAGGCUGAGCAAGGCCAGAACGAAAAUGAAACGGCAGAUGAGGAAGAGCUGGAAGAGGAAGAGGAAGAGGAAGAUGAGAACGCUAAAUCGCCAUCCGACACCUCAACGCCUGACAAGCCAUUGACGCGUAAGAGCAGUCUCACUUUCGCUGCCCUGCCUGCUCGUGAGCCACUGACUGCUAAGCGAAGCAUUGGUCCAAGAGGCAGCCAUAUGGAAGCGUUCGGUGGUGCUCGCACAAGUGCCUUGGGUAAGAGCUUUGGCAUUCCGCAACAAACAAACUCUCAGCCAGCAGAAGAUGCAGACGAACACAACAAGACAUCAACUCAAAGGCUGCACGAGCGCAUAACCUUGCUCGGCCAGCAAAAGGAGCCUCGCACAUCCAAGUCUAUUCACAUGCCUGCGUACCCUUCUCUGCCAGCUCAUGAACACAGAUCCACCUCCGGACCAUCGCAAGAAAACGUGCAAGGCGAUACACAACCGCUUGUCGACGACGAUGAUGAUUGGAUUGCACCCAUCCGCACCAGCUCUCGCGCUGCUAGUGGCGUUGACACUCAGAAGCUGAAUGACCAAGUAUCUGAUCCUGUCUCGGUUGAAGAAGCGCAACCAGCCUUCACCGGAAUUCCCAGGCCUGCAUUGCGCGAAUCGCCAUCCAAAUACUUUAUGGGACACCACAAGUCCAACUCGACAGCCACUCUCGCUUCUCCUACAAAGGUUGCAACUGCUCCUCAACACGCUCAUCACCAGAAGAACACAUCCGUUUCAAACCCCAACUUCCCACCUGGCAGUGGCGCGACAACUCCUGUUGCUAAUUCCAUCGCUUCUCCAACAAAGCAAAAGUUCGCCGAAGCACCAAUCAGCGCAUCCAAGGCCAAGCUCUAUUCUGUCUUCAAAUCGGCCAAGGGCAUGUUCGGUAGUAGCGCUGCAGCCAGCGCCCAAGCGAAGAUGAACUCACUUUCCUCUCCUCACCAACCGCUCUCUGCGGCGACAUUUGAACGUCCGGACCCAGACAUGUCGAGAAUGCCUGGCGGUCUCUACCCGGAUCUCGGUCAGAACAGGCCAGCAACCGCUUUUGCUGCAACGGAUGGAAGCAGACGUACUCGCAGCUCAACUGAGCAUGCCCGUAAGAAGGAAAAAGAGUCUAAGGAAGAGCAGAAUGCUAUGGAUGAUCUGGAAAAGGUUAGGCAACAGGAGAGACAGAAGGCUCACGAGAAGGCAGAGAAAGACAAGGCUGCUGAAGCUGCACGAGUUGAAAAUGAGAGGCUCGCAGCGGCCAGUCGUCCUGGUGCCGCCUCACAGCAAUCAUGGAGAUCUACUGCAGAUGAAGCAAGCGACGUUGAUGAAGCAGGUCCUCCAGUACCUCCUAAGACUGGUGUUCCAGCUGGAAAGUUGAGGGCGCCCGGCAGGCUGGCUAAGCCAUCGAGAUUGGGUAGCAUUCAGCCAAAGCCUGCUCCAGUCAACAUCAAGGUAGCAUCAGGUUCGCAGAGACUUGGUUCCACGCAGCCUGGAGCCUCUUCUCAAGAUGCCAAUCCUGCGCCGGCCACGACUCGUCAACAAGCAACUCGCUCUGGCAGUGCACAGCCUCCUGCGUUAUCUAAGUCCGUCGGUGCUGGUGCCGGCUCGGUCCGUAGCGUGAAAGCUCUCGAAGCUGCUGCUAGAAAGAAGGAACAAGACGAGAAGGUGGCUCAGAAGAAGGCCGAACAGAAACGCGAGAUUGAGCGCAAGCGAGCUGCCAAGGCUGAAGAAGAACGUAAAGCAGAACAGGAACAGGCCAGAAAUGCAGCACAAAAACAGGCAGAGCAGAGAAAGGUCGAGCAACAGAGACAGUUGGCUUUGCAACAGAAAAAGAGUGCUGAAUUGGCUGCAACUCUAGAGCAAGAGAAGUUGGAUAGACAGCAAGCACAGUCUACACUACCCCGUGGCGACAUCGGCGGUACAUUGAGACAGCUAUCCAAGCAAGACCGACCCGCACCUCAAGCCAACACCGCAAAGCCUGCCAAACGACCUCUUCAGCAGGAGGUUGAAGAAUCAUCACAGCGCCCUACCAUGGGCAGAGCACCAGCAUCAUACCAGCAGCAAGGGGACAAGCGACGCAAGACUCUGGAAGGUGAUGACGAUGAAGUCGACAGGCCAUCAGACAACGCAUUGACAGCUCCUCCCAAGAGGCCUUCAAACAUGCGCAAGGAGUCAACACUCAACAAGUUCCCACAUGGCUACACUCACGCACCGCCUCCGGCUGCUCACCACUCUCAGAACAUGUUCAAGGCGACAGUCACAGCACAGCAUCAUGCACAGCACGCCAAAGCAGGCAUGCAUCCUAACGAUAUGAUGAAGUUGUCGACCGCGCGUAUUCCCUUUGCGGAGAACUCGAAUCCUCCUGGAGCAUCGUCAAGCAAGGCAGCACCUCCGUCAGCGUUCAAAACUCCUGGACGGCCGGCAGCCCAAGUCGUUUCUAAGAAAUCAGUGCCUAAGUCUGCCAAAUCAUCACCUCUGUACCCCAAUGGAGAUAACAUCAAUCUUCCUGAGAUCGCUACAGACAGUGAAGAUGAGGAUUCGGACGAUGACCAGACUGGUGGAUUCCGAGCACCUUCUUGGGUUGCAUCGCCAGCUCUCCGUGAUCUGCUCACACAACAACAGCUUGUGGAUCCUGAGAGUAUCUUCGGACCCAUUGCACCGCUUCAAAUGGAAGAGGUGUUCCGCAACAGUAAGAACCCUGAACGAUUGAAANAGUUCCGCGAACGUGGAUCUUCUGCUCGCUGGGUCGACACAGGAGAUGCAGUCACGAAAGAGGAAAAGGUCAAGGACCGCGAGAUGCGUGCACGAGUUGUCAAGGAAGGUGGAUGGAGAUUUGGACAGGAUGCU